AUGCCUCUUCUUAUACCCUCACGGGUGAAUUUACCACAUGGGCCACUGAGUGAAGAAGCGUUACGUGCCCUUUUGGCUGGCUAUCAAGCAGGACGGGCCCAUGCCCGUGGUUCUUGCUUGUUUGCCUCUUUGGGCUUCGACAUGGAGGCUGCUCAGCUUCUCGACGGUGAGGUGUAUGUGCCCACCGUCACCUUCGUGGCAAAGGUGAAAGCAACAGCAAUGGAGCUGAAGGAGGAGCCGGCGCUGCCUGCGAGCAGAUCCUAUGCUCUCGGGAAGCGGCUGCUUCACUGUGUUGUGCAGCCUUUGGGCGCAGUGGCAUCGCGCAUCCUUACCUGCCCAGAUGGACGCCCCAUGACCGCCUAUGUGGAGAUGACCCGGUUUAUUGGUGAGAUUGGAGCGACAACGCGCCAUGCUGGCGAAAGGAAAGAACAAGGUCUUGCUUUGCAGCAGGAACAGUGUGUGUGGGUGGAGAAGGAGAUCCUCGCGGACAUUGAGGAGGACUUUGCAUUAAAGAGCAAGUGCCGGGAGUUCCGCGAGAAGUUGGCGAAACGUGCGGAUCGGAAGAAGGAACGACAGGAGGAGAAAGAAAAACAGCAGAAGGAGAGCCAACAACGAAAAGAGCAGAGGAGAAAACAAAAGGAGACUCAACGUUACAAUUACAAAGAACCGUUCAAGUACAAUGCCUCCGUGGGCCAAACCUCCCAAUCGCUGGGUCUGAACGACGAGUUGGACGAGCCGCAGAGCCCCACCAGUCGCGGCGGCGAAAGCCGCGGCGCGGAGAGUAUCGGACUCCGAUCGGAGGCCACGAGUUUCAGCUCCAGGGCGCUGCGCAGCAACACCACGGUGAGCGGUUUCUCCAUGGCCUCGCCGGAUGGCUCCGAUGGGCUGCCGGAUAGCGACGACGAAGGGGCGAUGCGGCGGAAGAAACCCAUGAGUCGCCAGACCACCAGGAAUUCCUUGAAAGGUCGCACUACGAGUGGAGUGCUCGAGGAUGGCAAGAAGAGCAAAGGCACCCUGGGCGUCCUCAGUGGUGGUCUGAAGAGCACCGGAAGGACGGUCCUGAAGACUGGCACCACCAUCGGUUUACUUCUGGGCGUCGUUCCCUCAAAGACUUCCAGGGACUUCAUGGUGCGAAAGUUGACCCGCUUCUUUCCAUCCAGAUCAGAGGUGGGCCAAAUUCGUCCUGGAGAACCCGAGUCCUCAGGCUCAGAUACGGAUGACAGCGAAGCAGAACGGAUCAAGGAGGAGCGAAGAAAGAGAUUUGCGCAGAAGGCCUCCAAGAGUUGGAAUUCCAUGGAGAACGCCGGGGAAAACGUGAAAGUUCGCGCGCGCGAGGCGGUCGGCUACCCGGAGACGCCCGAGGAGUGGACGUUGUCCUUGCGGUUCCAGAAGGUCACGGGCAUUCUUUGGUUUCGCAUGUUGAUCGCGGUGCGAAAGAUUGCGAUCCAAGACAACCCUCCGCAUCCAUCGCUGAAGAAAAUGGUGGAAUCCUUGCGCUUCGAAUCUGCCAUUGGUGCACUGAUCGUGGUGAAUGCCAUCAUCUCUGGGAUUGAUGCUAUGUACAAAGAGGAUGAUGACAGGCCUUCCUACAUCACUGUGGCGGAGAACAUCUUUGUGGUGAUUUUUGUGGGUGAAUAUUUCUUGCGGCUUCGGGCAGACACCUGGGUCUGGAUGUUUGAGCCCAUGAAUAUGUUCGACACCUUCGUGGUCUGGGUCACUGGCGUCCUGGUGGUUUGGAUCUUGGAACCCUUGGGAUAUCCCAUCGACUUCCUACGUCGCCUGGCUGCCUUGCGCGUCUUGCGCCUGGGACGCCUGGCCCGGGCCGUCCGGAUCAUGCCCAUGUUCCACGAGCUGUGGAUGUUGGUCAGUGGAGUGUUGGAGUGUACCCGACUUCUCUUCUGGUCCUUCGUGAUCAUUGGGGUGGUGCAUUUCAUGUCUGCUGUGGUGGUCAUGGAAACCAUCACCAAGUCGCCUUUGUUCGAGGAGGACGAAGUGGUACAGAGAAUGUUUGGUUCCUUAUCCUACUCGAUGUUCACGCUCUUUCAGUUCAUGACCUUUGACAGCUGGGCGGUGGUGGCAAGGCCUAUCAUCUAUGCCAUGCCGGAAGCAGCCAUCAUCUUCUUGUUGUUCAUGGGCAUUGCCAGUAUCGUCUUGUUUAACCUGAUGACGGCCAUCGUGGUCAAGAAUGCCUUUGACGCCUCAGAAGCUGAUGAGGAAGCGAAGGCUCAACAGCAGGUGCAGCAGCAGGCGAAGAUCGCGCAGGAUCUGCGCGCCAUGUUCAUCGCGCUGGAUGAAGAUGGCAGCGGAACCCUUACCCGUGAGGAGUUCACGGAUGUCUUGGACGAUGUCUUGUUCAUCCGGCAGAUGAAGGUCCUGGACAUCGACCUGGAGGAGCUGCCGGACAUCUUCGACAUUUUGGACGAUGGCAAUGGCGCCAUCACCACCGAGGAGUUCUGCUUGGGCCUCACACGGCUGCAGGGCGUAGCGAUGAGUCGCGACAUGUUGCGCUGCACGUCGCGGAAUAAACAGCUCAACACGCGCUUCGACGAAGUCCGAAACUGUUUGGGAAACAAAGUGGACAAGGCCCUGGCCAACGUCGAGCUGAGUCUCGAGGAGGCACAUGUGAACCUCGUAGAGAUGCAGCAGAUGACAGCCGAGGUCCUCAAGAAGUUGGAAGAAGAAGGGCUGCACCAAGCCGUUCGCUCCACCACCACCACGCUGGAGGAGAUUCCCCCACCCACCUUGGAUGACAUCGCCAAAUUGGAGGAGGAACAGCAACGCCAGCGCGACCUGGCACGUUUCGGCCGUGGCCAAGCCAGCACGCGCAGCAUUAAGACGCCCGCGGUGGCCAAGGAGUCCUACGAACCGAUUCCCGCCACCUGGGUCUUGACCCGACGGAAAAAGCUGGAGGAGCGAAAACAAGCCAUGCGCGCCCAGCAGUGGGAAGAGAUCGCUCCAGAUGUCUCAGAGACGCUGGAGUUGCCUGGCGUGCUGAAAGAAAUGCAGGCCACAUGGCAAACACACGAGCUGCCGGUGCUACAAAAGACGCGUGAGGAGCGGAUGCUGGAGCUCAGCACCAAGGUGAAAGAAGUGAAAGAGGAGAAGAUUCUGCCCGCGAAGCUGCCAGCAGUGUUGGCUCCGCGAAGGAUGAAGGAAGAGGAAGUGCAAGCAGCACAGCAGACGGAGAACGGAGAAACACAGGAGGAGGUGAAGAAAGAUGUCAACAAAAUGAACAUCAAAGAAUUGAAGGAAAUUGCCGAGAGUUUGGGCUUGGAACACGAGGGUCUCAAGAAGGUGCAGCUGCUGCCACUGGUGGUGGCCAAGCUGGAGGAGGUGCAGCUGGCGAGCCAAGGGAAGGAGCUGGUGGAGGAUUACAGUCGCGGCAGCCGCAGCGCCAAGAUCUUCUGUGUGAAGGAUGUGGCUGGUUGUCGCUGCCGGGACGCCUGCCUCUACCUGAGCAAGAACGACUGGGAUGUCGAGGCUGCAUUACAGAGUUUCUAUGAAGCACCGACCAAAGUGGUGGAGGCCGUGAAGCCUGCUGCUUGGAGCUCCGGUGGGGCAAAGCUCAGACGAAAAGAAGUCGACUGCCCCAUUUGUGUGGACAGCUACACUGCAGGUAACAGAGCCGUCAUGACGAAGUGCUGCUUCCAAGUCCUCUGCGCGAAGUGUCAUGGUCGACUCACCGAUUCCACAGGCUGCCCGACAGAAGAUGUUUCAGACUAUAUAUGGAAUAUCAUGGCAUGUUUGACUGUACAAAUAUAUCAACAUAUCUGA